AUGAAUAAUAGUAUUGAAGCAAAAGUAGUGAUAGAUUUAGGUCUGGUAAAUCCAGAUGGACCAGAAAUCGCUUCUGAGUUAACCUCUUUAGCUUGUAUUACUGUUCUUGCACUUGCAUUAGGUGCAAAGACUAAUGGUGAAAAAUUAAGAACAAUAAACUAUGGUCGAUUUUUAGUUAUUAUGCUUUAUACACUUUCUUGGGCAUUUGCUGCCACCUCUGCCAUUAUUGUUUCAACUAAUAACAACAAUAUCGUCUCGUGUACACUUGGUAUGCUUGCCUGCGAUUUCUUCUAUGCUGGUAGUAAGAUUGCAAUUUAUGCUUGGUUAAUUGAACGCGUACAUUUAGUAACGGCCGUAAAGACAACUCGACUUAAAACAACACAAUAUAAAUUCCAUAUUGUAUUGCUUUGUCCAUAUAUCAUCAUUUUCGUACUAAUGCUGUGCUUUAGAAAUAUUUAUCUUGAGGCAGAUGGUACUUGUACUAUUGGUUUACAAGAUAUUGCUAGUGUUCCACUCUUAGUUUAUGACUUUAUUUUUAAUCUUUAUCUUACUUGGCUCUUUAUGAGGCCCCUUACGAACAUUGGUCGUAAUGCACGUAGUGAUUGGAAAGUAUCUCGGUUAUACAAAUUGGCAAGAAGAACUUUAGUGGCUUCUGUUGUAUGUUUAUCAGUUUCAUUUGUCAAUGUAUUAUUUGUGGUUAUUACUCAUGGACAUCAAAGGGGGCUCGUUUGCUUAACUAUGUGUACUGUAGAUGUAACUGUUAAUGUAGUCACUGUACAUUGGGUAACUACAAGUGGUACUUCUAGUUCGGGUCAUAAUCGAACAAGAGCUCAUCAUGACGAUCAUACCACUGCAAAUAUGACAUUUGAUGGUGAAAAAUCAAUGAAAUUUGACAUACCAGUACCUGAUAUACUGGAUGAUGAUGUCAGUAUCAAUUCAGCAGACAUGUCUCAUACGAGCAAGAAGCCUAUUGCUACCCAUUAUUAA